AUGGUUCUGCUUUACUUGGAGGUUUUUCAAAAUAUCCGAAGGCAGCACAUCAAGUUUGACUUCCCAGCAGGUCCAAAUACACACAAACUGCGCUUCCGAAAUGAAGAGUAUGUCAAAGGGCCCCCUGAAAUCAACUUAGUUCUGUACCCCCAGGGCCUGGCUGGUGAAGAAGUGUAUGUGAAAGUGGAUUUGAGGGUGAAGUGCCCCCCAACCUACCCCGAUGUAGUUCCUGAGAUAGAAUUAAAGAAUGCCAAAGGUCUGUCCAAUGAAAGUGUUAAUUUGCUGAAAUCCCGCUUAGAAGAACUGGCCAGAAAGCAUUGUGGGGAGGUGAUGAUAUUCGAGCUGGCGUACCACGUGCAGUCAUUUCUCAGCGAGCAUAACAAGCCCCCUCCCAAGUCCUUCCAUGAAGAAAUGCUGGCCCGGCAGGCUCAGGAGGAGCGGCAGAGGCUGCUGGAGGCCCAGCGGAGAGAGGAGCAGGAGCAACGUGAAAUCCUUCAUGAGAUUCAGAGAAGGAAAGAAGAGAUAAAAGAAGAGAAAAAGAGGAAAGAAAUGGCGAAGCAGGAGCGUCUGGAAAUUGCUAGUCUGUCAAACCAAGAUCCUAGUUCUAAGAGAGACCCAGGAGGACAUAGAACGGCACACACUCUGUGUGGAGGCUCCCCUGACUUUGUGGGAAAUGGCAAACACCGCACCAGCUCCUCUGGAAGGGCACGGCGCGAUCGUCAGUAUUCCAUAUGUGGCAGCGAUGAUUCCCCUGGCUCCUGUGAAAUCCUGUAUUUCUCUGCGGGAGGUCCUGACCAGCUCAUGGUACACAAAGGAAAAUGUGUUGGCAGCGAUGAACAGCUGGGAAAAUUAGUCUACAAUGCUUUGGAAACAGCGACUGGCAGCUUUGUCUUGUUGUAUGAGUGGGUCCUUCAGUGGCAGAAAAAAUUGGGUCCAUUUCUGACCAGUCAAGAGAAAGAGAAGAUUGACAAGUGCAAAAAGCAGAUUCAGGGGGCAGAAACAGAAUUCAGCUCUUUGGUGAAACUGAACCAUCCAAACGUAGUCCGCUACUUCGCCAUGAGCUUCAGAGAGCAGGAUGACUGCAUGGUGGUGGACAUGUUGGUGGAGCACGUCAGCGGCCUGUCGCUCGCCGAGCACCUGAGCCACGCGGGCCCCAUCCCCGUGCCGCAGCUCCGCAGGUUUGCCACCCAGCUCCUGGCUGGCCUCGAUUACCUGCACAGCAACUCCGUGGUGCACAAGGUCCUGAGCGCAUCGAGUGUCCUGGUAGACGCCCAGGGCACGGUCAAGAUCACGGACUACAGCAUCUCCAAGCGCCUGGCGGACAUCUGCAAGGAUGACGUGUUUGAGCAGACGCGAGUUCGAUUCAGCGACAGCGCCCUGCCUUACAAAAGCGGGAAGAAAGGGGACGUGUGGCGCCUGGGCCUCCUGCUGCUCUCCCUCAGCCAAGGGCAGGAGUGUGGCGAGUUCCCCGUGACCAUCCCCAGAGACCUGCCGGCAGACUUUCAGGAUUUCCUGAGGAAGUGCGUCUGCCUGGAUGACAAAGACAGAUGGACACCUCAGCAGUUAUUGAAACACAGCUUCAUAAACCCUCAGCCAAAGAUGCCUUUAGUGGAGCAGAGCCCUGAAGAUUCCGGGGGACAAGAUUACGUGGAGACCGUUAUCCCCAGCAGCCGGCUGCCCAGCGCCUCGUUCUUCAGUGAGACCCAGCGGCAGUUUUCGCGCUACUUCAUUGAAUUUGAGGAACUGCAGCUUCUCGGCAAAGGUGCUUUCGGAGCGGUCAUCAAGGUGCAGAACAAGCUGGACGGCUGCUGCUACGCGGUGAAGCGCAUCGCCAUUAACCCGGCCAGCAGGCACUUCCGCAGGAUCAAGGGCGAGGUGACACUGCUGUCGCGCCUGCACCAUGAGAACAUCGUGCGCUACUACAACGCCUGGAUCGAGCGGCACGAGCGGCCCCCAGACGCGAGGCCCCCAGCCCGGAACCAGGCCGCGGAUGGGGGAGCUGAGCACGGGGCCCCCGCGGGCAAGGCCUCGCCCGAGGGCAGCGUGGAGGCCGCCGCCCCGCCACCCAUCAGCAGCUCCGUGGAGUGGAGCACCUCAGAGCGCUCCCCGGCCGGCCCCGGCUCCAGCAGUGACGAGGAGGAGGAGGAUGAACAUGAUGGGGUCUUCUCGCAGUCCUUCCUACCCGCUUCAGAUUCCGAAAGUGACAUCAUCUUUGACAACGAAGAUGAGAACAGCAAAAGUCAGCAUGAGGAUGAAGACAACCAUGAUAAGAACACUCACCAUGGAAGUGAGCCGGCGGCGGCCACGGAGGCCGUGCACUACCUGUACAUCCAGAUGGAGUACUGUGAAAAGAGCACCUUGCGGGACACCAUCGACCAGGGGUUGUACCGAGAUACCAGCAGGCUCUGGAGGCUUUUCCGAGAGAUUCUGGACGGAUUGGCUUACAUCCACGAGAAAGGCAUGAUUCACCGGGAUCUGAAGCCUGUCAACAUUUUUCUGGAUUCCGAUGACCACGUGAAGAUCGGUGAUUUUGGCUUGGCCACCGACCAUCUAGCCUUUGCUGCAGAUGGCAAACAGGAUGAUCAGGCUGGAGAUCACUUGACAAAGUCAGACCCUUCAGGCCAUCUGACUGGCAUGGUGGGCACUGCUCUGUAUGUGAGCCCCGAGGUCCAAGGGAGCACCAAGUCUACGUACAACCAGAAAGUAGAUCUCUUCAGCCUGGGGAUCAUCUUCUUUGAGAUGUCCUACCACCCCAUGGUGACGGCCUCUGAAAGGAUCUUUGUUCUCAACCAGCUCCGAGAUCCCUCUUCACCAAAGUUCCCAGAAGACUUUGAAGAUGGAGAGCACAUGAAGCAGAAGUCCGUCAUCUCCUGGCUCCUGAACCACGAUCCGGCAAAACGGCCCACGGCCACGGAGCUGCUGAGGAGCGAGCUGCUGCCCCCGCCCCAGAUGGAGGAGUCUGAGCUGCACGAGGUGCUGCACCACACACUGGCCAACGUGGACGGGAAGGCCUACCGUACCAUGAUGGCCCAGAUCUUCUCCCAGCGCAUCUCCCCCGCCAUCGACUACACCUACGACAGUGACAUCCUCAAGGGCAACUUCUCCAUCCGCACAGCCAAGAUCCAGCAACAUGUGUGCGAAGCCGUCAUCCGCAUCUUUAAACGGCAUGGAGCUGUCCAGUUGUGCACCCCACUCCUGCUCCCCCGCAACAGGCAGAUCUACGAGCACAACGAAGCCGCCGUGUUCAUGGACCACAGCGGGAUGCUGGUGAUGCUGCCUUUCGACCUGCGGGUCCCUUUUGCGAGAUACGUGGCAAGAAAUAACAUCCUGAACUUAAAACGAUACUGCAUAGAACGGGUGUUCAGACCUCGCAAACUAGAUCGCUUUCACCCCAAGGAGCUUCUGGAGUGUGCAUUUGACAUCGUCACCUCCACCACCAACAGCUCUCUGCCCACAGCAGAGACCAUCUACACCAUCUACGAGAUCAUCCAAGAGUUCUCCGCCCUACAGGAAAGAAAUUACAGUAUUUACUUGAACCAUACAAUGAUACUGAAAGCAGUGCUCCUACACUGUGGGAUUCCAGAAGAUAAACUCAGUCAGGUCUACGUCAUCCUGUGUGACGCUGUGACAGAGAAACUGACGAGGAGAGAAGUGGAGGCUAAAUUUUGUAAUCUGUCUUUACCUUCUAACAGUCUGUGUCGACUCUACAAGUUUAUUGAGCAGAAGGGGGAUUUGCAAGAUGUAAUGCCAAUGAUCAACUCGCUAAUAAAACAGAAAACGGGUGUUGCAGCAUUGGUGAAAUAUGGCUUAAAAGACCUAGAGGAGGUCAUUGGGCUGCUGAAGAAAUUUGGCAUCAAGUUACAGGUGCUGGUCAACCUGGGCCUGGUUUACAAGGUGCAGCAGCACAGCGGGAUCAUCUUCCAGUUCGUGGCCUUUAUCAGGCGGAGGCAGAGAGCUGUGCCGGAAAUCCUGGCCGCCGGCGGCAGAUACGACCUGCUGAUCCCCCAGUUUCGAGGCCCACAGGCUCUAGGGCCCGUUCCCACCGCCAUUGGUGUCAGCAUCGCCAUAGACAAGAUAUUUGCCGCCGUCCUCAACACAGAAGACCCUGUGGCAGUGAGCUCUUGUGACCUCCUGGUUGUCAGCGCUGGGCAGAUGUCCAUGUCCAGAGCCAUCAGCCUAACCCAGAAACUCUGGGCGGCCGGCAUCACGGCAGAACUCAUGUACGACUGGUCACAGUCCCUAGAGGAGUUGCAGGAGUACUGCCGCCAUCAUGAGAUCACCUACGUAGCGCUCGUCUCCGAUAAAGAAGGAAGCCAUGUCAAGGUAAAGACUGCGAGAAACGCCUCAUUUCCCAAGCGGGGCACAGCCCCUGGGAAAAAGUGGCACAGGAAUCUCCAUCACUUGGGGUUACCUGUUGCUUUUUCCUUAUUCACAGUUUCUAAUUGUUUCUGUUUGCUUGUUUUUAGAGAAGCUUCCGAUAAUCUUGCAGUGCAAAGUCUGAAGGGGUCAUUUUCUAACGCUUCAGGUUUGUUUGAAAUUCACGGAGCGCCAGUCGUGCCCAUUGUGAGUGUGGUAGCCCCGGAGAAGCUGUCAGCCAGCACGAGGAGGCGGUACGAGACCCAGGUACAAACCCGACUUCAGACCACCCUUGCCAACUUACAUCAGAAGAGCAGUGAAAUUGAAAUUUUGGCUGUAGAUCUGCCCAAAGAAACAAUCCUGCAGUUCUUAUCACUGGAGUGGGAUGGAGACGAACAGGCAUUUAACAUGACUGUGAAGCAGCUGCUAUCUCGCCUGCCAAAGCAAAGAUAUCUCAAAUUAGUCUGUGAUGAAAUCUAUAACAUCAAAGUUGAAAAAAAGGUUUCUGUGCUGUUCCUGUAUAGCUACAGAGAUGACUACUACAGAAUUUUAUUUUAACCUUAAAGAACUGUCAUUACAAAGUUCAAAUCGACAGGGAAAUCACACUAGAAUACUGAAUGGAAUGUUGUACAUUCAAUGUCAUUUUAAAUUAACUUUGAAUUCUAGGAGGCUGGCCUGCCAAGUUGAGCUUUUGUCAUUUUUUCAUAUGUAAUAUAUUAUAAAUUUAUCUUUUUGGAUAUAAUAAAUGCUUUUAUAUAA